AUGCCAGCCAGCAACGCCAUAACAAUUCUCGACGCCCUCAUCAUCGGCUCAGGCUUCUCGGGAAUCUACCUCCUCCACAAGCUCCGCGACGAGCUGAAGCUCGACGCCAAGAUUUUCGAAGCCGAGUCCGACAUUGGCGGCACAUGGAACAACAACCGUUACCCUGGGGCCCGAGUCGACUGCCCCGUCCCGCUGUAUGCAUAUUCGUCGCCGAAGGUCUGGGAGUCCUGGACCUGGACGGAGUUGUACCCCAGCCAGAAGGAAAUAAAGGCGUACUUUGACCAUGUCGAUGGAGUGUGGGAGAUCCGGAAGGAUUGUGUGUUUAACUCGAGGGUUAACGAGGCGACUUUUGAUGAAUGCGUUGCGCGGUGGACUAUCCGAACAACGGAUGGGAAGGUCACGAUGGCCAAGUAUCUGCUUGUUGCUGUGGGGUUUGCCUCCAAGUCGUACCUGCCUGAGUGGGAGGGGCUUGAUUUGUUUGAGGGGGUGGUUUACCAUUCGGCCCAUUGGCCGAAGGACGCAGAGGUCGAUGUCAAGGGGAAGAAAAUAGCAGUUAUCGGAACGGGGUCGACGGGAGUGCAGAUUUUCCAGGAGUGGGCCAAGGUAGCUGAUGAAGCAACCAUCUUUCAACGAACCCCUAACCUGUGUCUGCCGAUGAGGCAAGAGAAGCUGGAUGCAGAUCAGCAGGUGAAGGAGAAGGUUGAUUAUGUGGACUACCUGGCUCAGUGCGCGACGACCUUUGCCGGGCUAGAGUAUCAGGUUACUCCGACGAAUACAUUCGACGCCGGUGAAGAGGAGAGAGAGGCAUUCUGGGAGAGUCUGUAUCAGUCGGGUGGCUUUCGAUUCUGGCAGAACAACUACCAGGACUUCAUUAGCAACCUUGAGGCUAAUCAAGCGGCAUACAGCUUCUGGGCUCGCAAGACCCGUGCGCGGAUUCAGGAUCCCAAGAAGCAGGACCUUUUGGCGCCACUUGUGCCCCCGCACCCAUUUGGUGCCAAGAGACCAUCUCUCGAACAGGACUUCUAUGAGCAAUUCAACAAGCCCAACGUCCACAUUGUCGAUACCGAGAGCAACCCAAUAGUCGACGUCACACCUACCGGAAUAGCCACUACCGACGGAAAGGUCCACGAAGUGGACAUCAUCGCCGUGGCAACAGGCUUCGAUGCAGUGACUGGCGGCCUACUAAGCUUGGGCCUCAAGGACGUGAAUGGUGUUGGGCUUGACGAACGCUGGAAAGACGGCAUGUCUACCUACCUAGGCAUGGCCGUCAGUGGGUUCCCAAAUAUGUUCCUCCCAUACAGCCUUCAAGCUCCCACCGCGUUCGCUAAUGGACCGACUUUAAUUGAACUCCAGGGAGACUGGAUCGCAUCUAUUAUCACCAAGAUGGAGAAGGAGAAUAUCCGAAGCGUCACAGCCACCCCUGACGCCGCGAGCGCGUGGAACAACGAGGUUAAUACGAUUGCCAACAUGACGCUUUUGCCGUUGGCAAAAUCGUGGUACAUGGGAUCGAACAUCCCGGGGAAGCCAGUCCAAUCGUUGAACUACGUCGGCGGUCUUCCUACUUAUCGCGAACGGUGCGCGAAGGCCCUUGAUGAGGAUUUCUUUGGGUUCGCGAAGGCGUGA